AUGCAGCUGUCCUGGUGCUUCCUAUUCUCCCUCUCGUUCCUUUUUCUGCUGAGCCUCUGCUCCUUCUCCCGAGCAGAAGAUCUAGAUGAAGUGGUAGUGGAAACCGACGCGGCGGUGGACUACGACCAGCCUAUCGAGUGGCAAGACGUCAACGACGAAAAGGAGGAGGAGAAGUGUGACGUCCGCAUGAACGGCUUGUGCUUCGAAGACCUGGAAGAGGCCACCCAGGCCCUCGCCCACGGCCGACAGGCGGACAAGCCGAAGACGCCGCAGGGCAGCAGCGCCAAGUUCCACUGGAGCCCCAAGAAGGUGGUCAUCGAACUCAAGAGCGGCACCAUCCACCGGGGCAACUUCGUCCUGCGGGCCGACCGCGACCUCAAGUCCCUCAUCAUCACCACCUCUGACUCUGGUCGUGCGAUCAUCGACUGCGGAGACAACCGCAAGGCCGGCCUGACGUUCGAGAACGUGAUCAACUCGACCACCCUGGCCAAGCUCGAGGUGCGCCGCUGCUCGCCGGCGCUCCACUUCGCCCCGAGCUUCGCCGGCGAGCGGAUCUCCGUACGGCGCUCGUACUUCCACGGCAACGCGCCCGACCCGGUCCACCAGACCAUGUCGCUGCUGAUCGAGUCCCACAAGCCGUUCGACCACCCCGACAACGGCAUCCCGCUGCGCUACACCGACGCCCAUGUGCGCGAGGUGUGGCUCUCCGAGGAGGUGGGCCUCACCCAGUUCCCGAUGCAGCUGUCCCGCGAAGAUCAAGACCUCGUCGCGCGGCUCGACGUGGUGGUGCGCAAUUCGCUGUUCAAGAUGGUGCUGCAGCCCGAGAACAGCACCGAGGCGCCGGGCGAGGGCAUGAUCGACUGGGACAACGGCAUGGACUACUACCUGAACAAGAUCUACAAGAAGGUGGGCGUCAAGACCGACGACUACAUGAUGCGGGGCAGGACGCACAUGCUGGCGCAGCGGCGGAUCAGCGGCCGAGGGCUGGACAGCUACUGGGACAUCGACCCGCCGUUCCGCCCCAACGAGGUGAACCACAACUCGCCCGGCUUCCGCCGCAUGCUCGCCCAAAACGGCAUCUACUGA